GCAGUAAAACACACACAGGCACAGUCAGAGUCAAAUCUUUUCCGCAGCAGGACGGCAGGCUGAAGGAUUACUCCUAUUUUAGCCUCUUCAUCCACGCGUCCCGAGAUCCAGCACAGAAUGUAAGCUUGAAAUGGGAUCAGCGUUGUGUGACAGUGAGGUGUAAGAUCUUCAGAGGAGUGUCAGCAUGACCCCUCACCGUCAAGCUCUACUGGUGCUCUUCACUCUCUCCCAGUGUGCCAGUCUGUCUUUAAAUAGAAAUGAACAAGCCCACUUUUUGCCCAGCACAGACCCAGAGCCAGGCAAAAGCUCAUCAUGGACAGCAAAAACGGACCCAAGUUUAUCUCCUGAUGUACAUCCCAGCAGAGACCUUUUGACUGAACCAAACCUUUAUAUCACAACAGCCUCAAAAACGCAGUGGAUCAAAACUGUAGUUUCCAGUAAAACCGAGCUUCCCUCGGAUAUCCAGAACGAUGAAGAGGGAACUCAAACCGAGCAAUCUGAUUGGACAAAUUUCAAGCAAGACAGAUCGUUUAAAACUUCACUUGCAACGCUCCAGCCUUUUCCUUCUCAAACCUGGAGGUCAGAAUCCAAAUACAGGAAUACAUUUAAAUCCAAAACUGCUGCAGAAACCAGCACCCAUCGGACACUUAAAAAGUCCUUUAGUGCCACCCAGACACCAUAUGUUAGAGGAACUUUAGAUGGCACUACAUCACCAAAAGACCCAUCCGAGAAAACAAAGAAUUUAACAGACGCUCCUACAGAAACAACCUUCAUUAUGACAAGCCCUGAGCGUGAUCGAGAAGAGCAUGAGGGUGCUGAACAUGUGAAAAAGGUGAAGAAAGGCCAGUCGACCAGUAUUGUGAUCAAGGUCACUGAAACCUCUCCUAAAACAGCAUCUCCUGGUGAUGACUGGAGCAGGUCUGCCACACUUCCGGACUGCAACCUGGUUGGCUUUGGGAUCUGCCAGUCAUCUGACGCUUCAAUUAACAACACUCUAUCUACUCCACCUCCGGUUUAUUUAACCACACCCCCUGGUGUCAUAAACCCACCCCUUGAAGACCUGACUCCACCUCUACUGGUCCCUUUACUGACUGACUGGAAUGCUGCCAUGGCGACAUGGGGCCUGGCAUGGGAGUUGCAGGUUUACGUACUGGGCUGCGUGUUUAUGCUUGUGGCUGCGCUUUCUGCGCUCAGCCUGAUGUGUUUGCCAUUGCGCUGGCCCUCUGGCUGUGCCCACUUCAGCCUUCUCCACCUCCUUCAACUACUAACAAGUUCCAGCCGGGCUCUGUGGCUGCUCUACGAUCCAUACGGCCAAAAAGAGCGCCUUCCCAUAGGCUGGGCUCGACUGCUGCAUGAAGCUGCUUAUCCAUGUCUUACCGCAUCAUUUGGCUUGCUGCUGUUACUGCUAACUGCCCGCUCGUGUACCCAGCUACUUUCCCAGAACACCCUGCAGCGCAGCACCUGCCUUUUGGCAGCCCUAGUGCUUCUGCAUGUGGCCAUUGUGAUGGCGUCCAUGGCAAUACUGCAACUUUUUCCUACCCUGCAAGUUGUGCCUCUAUUACCCGCAGCAGCCUUCGUGCUGAUGUCCUCGAUCCUUUCAUUCACGUAUCUGCUUCUCUAUUGCUGUGCCCGUGCUGACGUCAAACACAUUUACCGCCUCAAUGAAAGCUCUCCUGAACGGCCAUCAUGUCAUGCCAGCAGGUGUCCAUUUACUGAGGCGCGGAUGUGGGAGAGGGCGGCCAAGGCUGGGGUGUUUUCUGCCCUCUUCCUCCUGGCAUGCGGAAGUCUUCGACUCUAUGCAAUGCUACUUGCAGGAGGAUUAACCGGUGGAGUCAUGGUUGGUCUGAUGCCCUGGCCCUGGUGGGGUUUCCAGCUCAGCUGCAGAGUGUGUGAAACAGGAGUGUGUCUUACUCUCGCCCUUAUAAUCACUCACCCUCUUCUCUGUUGCGGAGUGCCUCCUUCCAAACCCGGGGGCUGCAGCUGGCUCUUCAAAAAUCAAACUACAGAAGGCACCACAUCUGGAAAACCCACAAUCCUCUCGAGUCGGUGUGGCUGGUCACUACGUCCUGCAGAAAAGCUGGGGUUGUGUGAAGGAAUAGUACGGCGGGAAAGUGAAAGUGUGCCACUCUACACCUUGGUGGAGCUUCCGCACAGUGAAUCCGACGGACUGGACCUUCACUAUCCCAGCAGUCCUCAGCACAAGCCUUCAACACAGCUUGCCCAACCCACUAAAACUAACAAAGCAUCUCAAGCGUCUUCCUUUGCAAGUUUGGACGCUGAUUCUACAGCAGAUCUGCGUCCCCCUUCACCUAUCGACCUACGCCGAAGUAUUGAUGAGGCCUUGAACAGCGAGGCUCUGUUCCAGCAUAGCCUCUUCGGCUCCUCCAGACUCUCUCUUAGCACCCGUGGACCCCCAGACGGACAACCCUGUCGGGGCAACUCCACUGAAGUCAGCCUAUACCGCACUUCCUCCUGUGGGGAUGUGGACCCUGCUACUGUACCUAGUCGGUCCAGACAGUGGAGCACUAUAUCUGGGAGACCAGCUCAGGUCUCGGUCCACUGCGGUGGGAUAAACUCAACAGAACACUCUCAGAGCAGCCUACAUAGGGGCUCUCAUUCUGGGCAGCAGCUCCACAGAAGGUACACCACCUUAGGGUCUACAUCCUCCAGAGGGAGCGUGGAUGUGGAUGUGGAUGCCACUUCUCAUGUUGAUGAGCUCGCAGUUCAAGCUGAAUUCAUUAACGUCUGCAGGCAAAUAGAUGCACUUAGUAUUAGCAGCGACACGAUUGAUCUAUAGGUGAAGAAAUCUGUAUUGAAUCAACUACAUAUUGUGCUGGAGUGUGGAUGCACUGUGCUUACAUGCAGAAUUAGCCUUAAGAUUGUCUGGAAAGUUUAACAAUUGGACGAAUUGGUCCAAAUUGGCUGUUGGAGGGCCACUUUGCUGUACAGUUUAACUCCAUCACUGCUUUUAAGUUUUCUUUUGAGAACCUUUCCUGUGUUUGAAUAUGCCUACUUACUUUCAUACUAUAUAGCACACAGCAUUCAUAAAACUGUAAAUGACCUAUUACUUCUCCUGAGAUUGGAGUGUGUAUCCAAUGGACACUUAAAUCCCAUGAGGCCACAGGAAAGGAUUCGGGCAUGGCAGUGAAACAAUACAAUUGAUGCUUGUAGGUCGAAUAACAGUGACAAUAUGAUGGAUACAGUACCUUUAAAUGUCAAAUAUACUGCACACAUUCAUACAAUAUCGAACAUUCAUUUUGAACAGUCAUAGAGUAAGUUUCAAGACAAAUAAUUAUAUGCUGUAAAUAAUAAUGUACAGUAUGUGAUUUAGGAUGCAAAGCUGGAUAUGGUGGUGGAGGUGUUCAGGAACAGGAUUGAGCACCUCUGGGUUUUUUAUUUAGCUUGGUUUGAUGAAAAGAUGUUUAGCCUAUGGCCUAAUUGUAGUUUUUUCUUGUUGUGGAAUGGAACUUUAGAAAUCUAUUGAAGUGUAAAUAUGAGAGAAAAGCAAAAGUUUGCAUGAAGACGACAAAGACAAACAGAAAAAUCUAUGCAGUUCUUUUAAAAUGCUAAAUGCUAAUUAGCCAUUUUGAUGGAUCACUUGCCAUUUUAGUUCUACAGGUGUUCCAUUUUUAAGAGUUACUUAAUUUACAUCACAUCUGUUAAACUAUACUAGACUCAAAUUGUUGCCAAUUUGCACUCUCAUGGCAAACUGUGGCUAUGUUUGCAAUAACAUGCAAGCAUAUUGCUUGUACUGUUUCUGUAGUAUGUGAAAUUUCAUUCAUUUAUUGAUUUUCUUUUCGGCUUAGUCCCUUUAUUAUUCCGGGGUCACCACAGUGGAAUGAACCGCCAAUAAUCCAGAACUUUUUACGCCCUUGCAGCUGCCACCUAUCACUGGGAAACAUCCAUACACACUCAUUCACACACAUACACUAUGGACAAAUUAGCUUACCCAA